GUUGUUAUGGAUCAACUGGUCCUUCCUCAAUUGAUCCAUCAGAUGGCGAACGAUAUGCAACUAGAUUUCCUAUUUUAACAAUAUUUGAUAUGGUUAGGGCACAGUUUUUACUAUUAGAUCAUUUAGGAAUAAAUAAACUGCAUGCCGUUGUAGGAAGCAGCAUGGGUGGAAUGCAGUCAUUAGCAUCCGCAUGGCUGUAUCCCGAACGUAUGUCUCGCAUAGUUAGCAUAUCUGGAUGUGCGAGAUCACAUCCAUAUUCUAUUGCAAUUAGACAUACACAACGACAAGAGGAUCAACCGCCUGCCCUUUGUCCUGAUUUUUUGAUAGAAACUUACCUUGAUUAUCAGGGUGAGCGCUUCUGCCUGCAAUACGAUCCAAAUUCACUUCUUUAUAUAUCCAAAGCAAUGGACCUUUUUGAUAUGUCCUCUUCAACAUUGGAGACUCUCAAUAGACAACGAGAGAUUAAUAUAGAGAAACUACAAACUCACGGAUUUAUUCCUGAAUCAUCAUGCUACGCUAAUGCAAAUACCUCACGAGAAAUACCUGUUCCACAACCUGCAUCAUCGUCAACAUCAUCUUCAAAAAGACAACACAUCUCUUCUUUGUCAUUAACAAGUAGUGAUAAUCUCGAUGAUCUUGUUCAAGGACUUUCUAGAAUUCAAAUACCAACAUUAGUUUUAGGUGUUCAAUCUGAUAUCCUGUUUGCUUAUUGGCAGCAAAGAGAAAUUGCUGAUUGUUUAAGAAGAGGUGGAAACAAAGAUGUCACUUAUUAUGAGCUGGAUUCUAUGUAUGGGCAUGAUACAUUUUUGAUAGAUUUGACUAACGUUGGUGGUGCGAUCAAAGGACAUUUGGAACUCGGUG